CAGUGCUGACAAAUAAAUGAAAAUUAAUUCAACAUUUACGUGAAGCUCUAUCCUGCUUCACACUUCUGCCACACCCUGUCCCUGCUGCCUCACACUUCUGCCACACCCUGUCCCUGCUGCUUCACACUUCUGCCACACCCUAUCCCUGCUGCUUCACACUUCUGCCACACCCUGCCCCUGCCGCUUCACACUUCUGCCACACCCUGUCCCUGCUGCUUCACACUUCUGCCACACCCUGUCCCUGCCCAGUGUGGCUGCAGGUGACGAGGAAAUGGAUAACUUGCUAAAUUAAUAUUCAUCACCUGUAGUAAUAAUUUGACAAACUUAGUGAAGCGUGACACGACUCUUGGCUGCAUCAUUAUUGCAUUACACAAGGAUGGCACGACAAUGACAGACACGAGUACUGACACACACACACACACACACACACACACACACACACACACACACACGUCUAAGUAAGCCCCUUAUUAUUAUUAUUAAACUCUUCAUUUUCUCACCACCACAGUUUUCUAAGUCCACAGACAUGACUGGCCAGGUUUUCAAGCGUGUUUCUCCUGCUAACAAUGUAGAAAUCUUGUUCAUCUGCCACUACAACCAUAGGCACACCCUUCAAAACUCGUACACCUUCAACUAAAGCCUUUUGAAUGUAGUGGAGGUGGUGCAGAGGUGUUCAGAGUGCAGACCAGACUCUCAAACACCAAACCUGUCUCAAACGCGGAUGUCUCCCGAGUCCCGACACUCACCCUGAAAACUGAGGUGCCUGGACCUUAGCGAAGAGUUCAUUGUGGUUGCUGAUGCCCAGGAAGUGUAGAAACCCCGCCUCAGCCUGCCACAUGAGGUGCCUGCCGCCCCUCACCUCAGCUGCAGGUGUACGAAGAAACAGGAUGUUUUGCUGGUUCCAAUUCAAGCAAAGAAGAGGAGGAAGGGUUUACAUCCAGCUACUCUUCCUCCUCCUCCUCCUCCUCCUCUUCUUCUUCAUCUACGUCUAUCGGGAAGAACAGCCAGAGUUUUACCUCCACUCUCCUCCUCCUCCUACUAAAUAUAUCUCCAUCUACGGAAGAGGAGGAGGAGGAGGAGGAAGGGAAGGAGGAGAACCAGGAGGAAGAGCUAUAAUAUCAAGACACGAGGAGGAGGAGGAGGAGGAGGAGCUGAGGGAGGUACUGGAGGAGGCUCUACACCUGCUGUCUUCCCCCACUUACACCUGCAGGAAGCUAAUUGCUAUGGGGGGGUACUCCUGUAAUUACAAGACUGAUGGUGAAAAGUAUGUGUGCCACGACCCGCCUGUGUACGUGCAGGGAGUGUAUUGCCUUGUGUACGCGCUGGGGGCAGGACACGACUUCACGUUUGACGCACACAUGGCCAAAUUCGGUUGUGAAGUGUACACGUUUGACGACGAUUACGCACACAGGAACUAUCCGACGCACAUGGGAGACAGAUUAUGGUUCUACAAAAUACGAGUGGGAACGCAUUUUGUGAAGCAGUAUUACUUCUCCACCUCCUCCUCCACCAAUCCACAAGUCAUCCACUACGGGCCCCUCCCAGCCAUCCGCGCCAGGCUGGGCCACAACCACAACCACCUCCACUUUCUCAAGAUGGAUAUUGAAGGGGAUGAGUGGAGUGUGAUGGAGGAAUCGCUGUUUAAGGUGAGUGGAGAAGAAGAAGGAGGUGGUGGUGGUGGUGAUGGUGGUGAGAAGAAUUGUUGUGGUAGUGGUAGUGAAAGAAGUAAUUGUAGUAUUUGUUUUUUGUUUUCUCUCUCUCUCUCUCUCUCUCUCUCUCAGAGUAACAUUCUGCAGCAAACACAGCAGGUGGGUCUGGAGGUUCACCUGGACGGGCUCAAGACGACAGGUAACAAGACACAUCCCACACCUCACCUGCUCAACAUGGCCCGAAGAUACCUCAGGGUGGUGACGGGACUCAGACAACACGGCUUCCACCUCGCGCACUGGGAGCCUAACUUCAGGGGGUCAGAGGUCAUCACUGUGGCUGGUGUGACCUUUCAUGUCUACUUUGAAACUUUGUGGGUCAACUUAAAAUUUCAGGGUGGAGGGAGAAACAUGCCGGCCACACGUCUCCUGCCAUCCAUCCUGUUUCCGAGUUAAUUGUCCGUGUGUGUGUGUGUGUGUGUGUGUGUGCAGCUUUUUAUUAUUCUUAUUCUUAAUUUUAAUCUUUUCUUAUUCUUAUUGAGAGAGAGAGAGAGAGAGAGAGAGAGAGAGAGAGAGAGAGAGAGAGAGAGAGAGAGAGAGAGAGAGAGAGAGAGAGAGAGAGAGAGAGAGGCAAUGUAUCGUAAAUGAAAGAACUUGGUAUAGGGAGAAAAAAAUAAACCAAAAAAAUAAAUAAAUAAAUAAAAUAAAUAAAAAUGGAUAAAUAAAUAAAAAAAUAAUAAACAUAUAGAAAAGACAAAGGCAUACAACACGUCCCAGUCUUGGAAGCCUAUACAAAAAAUAAAUAAAUAAAAAAAAAUAGAGAGAGAGAGAGAGAGAGAGAGAGAGAAAGACAGAGCACCCAUUCUCUAUCCUGUCACCCCUCACUGCAGCUGUACCCCACUGGCUCGGUGAUGUACAGGUUAAUGCACCACUGUUACCUUGUUUUUUUUUAUGUUCUUUAUUAUGAAAUACAAAUGCCCAAGUCCAGGCGCUGUACAGUCGAUAACUGGAAGGAAAUGAAACAGUUUGCUGGAUAAUUGGAAGGAAAUGAGACAGUUUGCUCCUCACCAACACUAGCUUGUAAUAUGAUAAAACGUCACUAUUUUUUUUGUUUGUGAGUGUGUAAAGAAAUAAUGAAAAACAAAUAAGAUAAAAUGAAAAUAAUCAUCAGUAUUUUGUUUCUAUGCUUGUAAUAAAGUGAAAUAAUUAAAAGACUUCAAUGUUUAAGUUCUGUACGCUUGUAAUAGUAAGAUAACAACAAAGUGGCUGCAGUAUUUGUGUUUUGUUAGCUUGUAAAGAAAGAAUAGAGAAAAAAGAUUCACCAGUACUUGUUUCUAAGCUUGUAAUAAUAAGAGAAUGAAAAACGUCACCAAUAUUUUUUUGUAAGCUUGUAAAGAAACAAUAAAAAAAAUUAAAAAAUCACCAGUAUUUGUUUCUAAGCUUGUAAUAAUAAAAAUAACUAAAGAUUUCAAUAUUUAUGUUUGUAACCUUGUGAUGAAAGACAAUUCAAAACGUCACCACUAUUUUUGCUUCUAAGUUUGUAAAAGAAGGAAAGAAUUGAAAAAAAAAAAUAAUAA